CACGGUCAUGGCAUCGUGGCUUUUCCUCAGGCGGCUUGCCGUCGCACUUGGAGCUCACUCACCCGCUCUUUCCCGUCGCCUCAUUCCCUUGUCAUCUUCUCUGUUCAGUCACUGCUCUUCAUCUCCAUCCUGUUUUUCAAGCUUCAGACUCAGGAACCAAUGGCUACCCCACAGGAAGAUUUCCGCAACUUCUUCGGAGGCUGUAGGAGACUAUUCCCUUGCCACGCCUUACCUUUCGGUUCUAAUUCACUGUCCCAAAGAUGUCGCAGAUGGGCUUGCAGACGCUCUCUUAUGCUUUGGCGCAGGUUCUGCCAGCACGGAUGAGGAUGAUUUCUGUGCAAAUACUGAUGAGGUUUGCAUUAGUUCCAUUUUCCCUGAAGAUCAGGACAUAAAUAUGUGCAUUUCACUCGCUGCUGAUUCCAUUGGUUUGAAAAAAACACCAAGAUAUGAAGUUAAAAUUGGUGAACAUGAUGACUGGGUAAAGAAAACUCAGGAAUCAUUUCAUCCAAUAGAGAUCACUGAAGGUCUAUGGGUUGUGCCCAAGUGGAUAACUCCUCCUGAUAGUCAAGCAACAAAUAUAAUUCUGAAUCCUGGACUAGCCUUUGGGACAGGAGAGCACCCAACUACUAAACUGAGCCUAUUACUCUUACAUGGCUGCAUAAAAGGGGGAGAACACAUACUGGACUAUGGCACAGGCUCUGGAAUUCUUUCAAUUGCAGCGCUUAAGUUUGGUGCUGCCUUUGCUUUUGGAAUUGAUAUAGAUUCUCAAGCAAUUGCAUCUGCAUCUCAAAAUGCCACCCUAAACAACUUAGGACCAGACAAAAUGCAACUGUAUCUUUUAACUGGAUCCUCCCCUUCAUGCGAUGUGGAAGGACAAAACAGAUCUGAGAUGACAAUUGCUACAGAAAAGAACAAGUAUGAUGUGGUUGUUGCAAAUAUACUCUUAAAUCCUCUAAUAGACCUUGCAGAUCAAAUUGUUUCUUAUGCAAAACCUGGAGCAAUUAUUGGUCUCUCCGGCAUCUUAUGUGAACAGGUUCAAUACAUCUUAGAAAGAUACUUACUUCUCUUGGAAGGCACAGUAGUGUCGGAAAUGGAUGGUUGGGCUUGUGUUAGCGGCAGAAAGAGAAGUAAUCUGGUGUGUGGUAGCAUCAUCUUUAAUACAAGUAGUGGGAGGCAUCUCUGACCUGUCAUACCUUGAAUUGUGAUAAAAUUUGCAGAUAGAUUCCCCAGUUUCAUUCCUUGAACUACUCUUUAAAACAUUUUGUCAAAGAAAAAAAAUUGUAUUAUUCUCAAUUAUUCUUUUUCCCUCUUCAAAUUUGCAAGAGAUACGCAAUGUAUUGUAACAGUAAUUCUAGAAUCCAAGUGGGGCGUCAGAACAGAACUCAUUUUGUGCUUCUAUUUUUGUUUUGGAGACAAAUUUGUUUUCCAAGAUCAUGUAGUAGCUCGGUCAUGGUCAUUGAAUUUCUCAAUUCUCA